CCAUUAUCUUCGAAUGAUUGAAAUACCGAAGUGAGUUGUAAACCGUAUUACAAAUAUCAGAUUUAUUUCAUUGGAAAUAAAUGGAUAUAGAAACAUAUUAAUUUAUUUGAUAACAUCAAUCUACAUUAUUUUGAUUCUCCUUGAACGCCCUUUUGAUGUUGAGCAUUAGUUCUACCAAGUGAAAGUUGAAAAUCUACGUUGAAAUGGAUACCAAGAAGGCGACUGAUAAUGAGAAUGUGGCCAAGUGUCAAGAAGGGAUGUUCAUCUGCAGGCUGUGCAGGAAAAUAUUUGAAACAGCAAUAAAAUUAAGAAUUCAUAUGUUUUCGCAUUGUGCAAAACUUCGUACAAAGUGUAUUUAUUGUCAGCACAAUUUUAAAGAUUGGAGACAUUUGAUAACACAUAUGGAAUCGAUACACCAAAUGACGUUGGAGGAUAUAGUAGACUGCAUAGAGAAACAGAACGUACAUAAAACAAGAGAAGAUGAAACAGAAAAUGAAUUAGAUGAAAACAGUAUGCAGUGUUUGUGUAAUUUAUGUGGGCAGAGAUUCUAUAGCAGAAAGAUUUUAUUGGAUCAUAUGAGAAAAACACAUCCACAGAAGCAGCAAUAUUUUUGUGGUAUUUGCCAGAAAGGAUUUGCUCAUUCCUGGCCUUUGAAAUUGCAUUUGAACUCUCAUAGUAAUGUCCGUUAUGACUGCACGAUAUGUGGUAGAAGUUUUCUUCAGAAGAGAUCUUUGCGGAAUCACAUGAAAUAUCACACAAUUACGGGAAACAUUGACAGUACUGGUAGUAGUAUGGAUAAAACAGAAGGAAAACGAUUUGACCAUGUGGAGGGAGAGAACAACUGCAACGAAAACAUAGCAAAGAAGCAACAUUUUGCCUGUGAAGUUUGUUGUAGAGUCUUUGCUAAUUCUGAAUUUUUGGAAAAACAUAUAAGUUCAUAUGGAAAACGUCACUAUAAUUGCAAGAUAUGUGGUAAAAGUUUUCAUUGUGAACAAACCAUGCGUAAGCAUAAGAAGUCUCACACUUCAAAGGAAUAUGAUGGUUGUGCCGAAAAGAAUAAAGCAUCAGAAGUAGGAAUCCCACCUGAUCAUGUAAAGAAGAAUACUUGCAAUAAAAAAGUUGUAAAAAGUAUUGAAGAAGAUAAUGUAGAUUUGUCAUCUGUGAAAAGUAAAGAAUGUGAUGAGAAAGCCUGUAAAGUUGAAGGCACUACAACAGGUACGGUACUUAAUCAAGUAAAGAAAGAUUACGGCAAUGAAAAUGUUGAAAGGAAUAUUGAAGAAGAUAAUUUAGAUUUGCUUUCUAUGAGAAGUAAAGAGUCAAAUGGUACAGUCCAUAAAAUUAAGAACACGGCAGUAGAAAUCCCACUUGAUAAUAUAGCUAAAGAUGAUGGUAAUGAAAAGAUUGAAAGGCAUUUUGAAGAAGAUAAUUUAGAUUCAUUUUCUGUGAGAAGUAGAGAACCAAAUGACGUGACCCAUGUAGGUAAGAGGGAGGACACCACAAUACGCAUCCCACCUGAUCAUGUUAAAAAAGAUGAUUGCAACGAAAAGAAUUGUGAAGAAGAUGAUUUUGAUUUGUUUUUCAAGAAGGAUAAAAACCUGUACACAUGUUUCCAUUGCAACCAGGUGUAUAGUGCAUUCCAGAGAUUAGAGAAUCAUAUAAAAACUCAUUGGGAUGUCAAACCUUACAGAUGCCAAAUUUGUGGAACUACGUUCAGAAAUGCACGCAACUGUAAAAGGCACACGCGCAUUCAUAUAAGAGGUUUACUUUAUACAUGUGAUAAAUGUGGAGAGUCGUUUCAAUUACACAAGUUCUUAAAAGAACACAUUAAAGAUGUUCACGGAGAAAUGUCUGUGACAUGCAAGUUUUGUAGGAAAGUGUUCACGAGGGAGGCAUUGAAAGAGCAUAUGAAGAUGCACGGCAAGAAAGACAUUACGUGUAGAAUCUGCAGUAAAUCAUUCAUUAGGCUUGACAAAUUGUAUAGUCAUAUGGCUAUCCAUUCCGAUGAAAGGUCUCACAAAUGUGACAUGUGUAGCAAAACGUAUAAGAGUUACACCGAUUUAAGACACCACCACAGAAAGGUGCAUACAAAUCAGAGAAAAUACAGGCAGUGUGAUGUUUGUGGAAAAUCAGUUGCAUCUAAUAGUUUAAGACAACACAUGAAAAGUCACACUGAUGUGAAAACAUUUCAGUGUGAAGUAUGUUCCAAGUUUUUUAAGAUGAAGCAUCAGCUGAAGAGCCAUUUAUUAACCCAUGACGAUUCAAGAGAGCAUAUAUGUGAGAUAUGUGGAUUCAGAUGUAAAUGGGCACAUAUUCUGAGAAACCAUCUGAAAACAAAACAUAAAAGUAAAGGGAGCAAGACUGACCGUAAAGCAGUUAUAAAGUGAAACGUGAGAGACUACAUUUGAGUUAUAGUAAAAACUAAUUAAUGUCGUAUCUAUUCCAUCAGCUUGCGGAUGAUACUGGCAAAGUUGUGAAAGUGUCAUUGUGCUUAGUUUCAACGAUGUCAUCCCCCUAUAUUAUGGGUUAGGUGUAAAACUAUUAGUGAGGCACGAUCUAAAUCACUAUUUAAUGAAUUUGGAAUGUGACUUGUCUGUGUGACGAAGUUUUCAUUCUUGCAAAGACUAGAAAAGGUGGUAAAAUAACCUCUACGAGGCAGAGAGGGUAACAUUGUUUUGUUCAUGGUCUGCCUUUUUAAUUCAGCUGUCACGUAGUGACAAGGUGAGCUUUUGUGAUCACCCGUCGUCCGUCCGUCCGUCCGUGCGUCCGUCAACAAUUUCUUGUCUGCACAAUAGCGGUUUCAUUUAUGAUUUUAUUUUAACCAAACUUGCACACAACUUGUAUCACCAUAAGAUCACGGUUCCUUUCUUGAACUGGCCUUAUCUCAUUAUGGGUUCCGGAGUUAUGGCCCCUGAAAGGGCCAAAAUUAAUUAUUGUUACCUUGUCUGCACAAUAGCAGCUUUAUUUAUGAUUUGAUUUUUACCAAACUGGCACACAACUUGUAUCACCGUAAGAUCUCGGUUCCUUCCUUGAACUGGCCAGAUUCCAAUAUGGGUUCCAGAGUUAUGGCCCCUGAAAAUUCCAGAAUUAGUUAUUUUGACCUUGUCUGCACAAUAGCAGCUUCAUUUAUGAUUUUAUUUUAACCAAACUUGCACACAACUUGUAUCACCAUAAGAUCUUGGUUCCUUUCUUGAAGUGGCCAGAUUCCGUUAUGUGUUCCAGAGUGAUGGCCCCUGAAAGGGCCAGAAUUAGCUAUUUUGACCUUGUCUGCACAAUAGCAGUUUCAUUUAUGAUUUGAAUUUAAUCAAACUUGCACAAAACUUGUGUCACCAUAAGAUCUCAGUUCCUUUUUUGAACCGGCCAGAUCCCAUAAUGGGUUCCAGAGUUAUGGCCCCUGAAAGGGCCAAAAUUAGCUUUAAUCAAAGUUGCACACAACUUGUAUCACCACCAGAUCUUGUUUCCUUUCUUCAACUGGCCAGAUUUAAUCAUGGGUUCCAGAGUUAUGGCCCCUUAAAAGUCCAAAAUUGGCUAUUUUAGCUUUUGCAGCCAUAUAGAGACUUCAUUUAUGGUUUUUAUUGAUACAAACUUCAAUAUCUUCAACAACAAUAAAUCUUGGAUUCCAUGGCAAAUAGAUCCAAUCGUAGGUUCCAGAGUUAUUUUGUAUCUGAUUACCUCCCCUGAUUGUAAUAAAAAAGGAUUUAUAUCAGUAAGUACUUAUAGGACUUAUUUGAAAUUUCAUUAUUAUUAUUAGUUGGACUGAAACAAUCAGGGUAGAUAACUAUGAACUGAUUUUAUGGCAAAUUACCUCCCUUUAUUUCAAAUUAAAAUAGGUAUAUAUCCAUAACUAAUGAAGAUACUGAUCUGAAAUUUCAUUUAUGUCAACAGAUUUAUUUGGCAGAUCCUUCUUUUGUUCACUUACAAUAUUUUUUUUUAAUUACUUCCCUUUUAUGUUACUAUAAAUAGCUUAUUUUUAGUAACUUUUUUAUUUUUGGCCAUAGGGAAAAACCGAGACCACUUUUCUGUGGUACAACAUGGAUGGUACAUCCAAUUUUUAGGUGUUUUUUGACAUAUCUGUAACUUUUAAGAUUUUUUUUUCUUUUUGGUUAAAUUUCUUCCCUUUGUUGUUCCUGUCCUUUGGACUUAGAUUUUUUUUCUGAGGACCUUCUUGUCCUCAAGUGCAAUGAUAACAGGUGAGCGAUAUAGGGCCAUCAUGGCCCUCUUGUUUUGUUCAUGGUCU